UUUCUAAACAAAUCCUUAAUCGUUAUUUUAAAUUGUUUCAGGUUUCACCACAGAAUGAGGUUGGCUUGCGGCACGAAAGCGCAACGCCACCAGACAUCCAUCUAAUUUGCAAAUAGAAUAGAAGAAUCAAGCGCCAUGGAUAGAACAUUAUUUGUUAUUUUGGCGAUCACCGCCCAUUUAUGUAGUAUAACUCUGGCUGACGGACCGGUUUACGAUGGACAAGGUAACCCGAUCAACACCGCACCCGCUGGCAACUUCCUCACUCAAACUGUUUACGGUUUCUUGGACUUCACUACAACUAUUGGCAACACAGUCAUGGUCUUCUCACCCCAAUCUGCACCACCACCAGAACCACCGAAAACUGAAAAAUCUGUUCAAGAAAACAUAAUCGAGACAAAACCACCUCCACCAUCAGUCACCAGUAUAAAGCCUGAAGCCAUUAAACCCAGCAAAAUAUCGGAUAAAGAUAAAACUAACAAGCCCGCUGGCCCAGCAGUAGUAUCUAGUGCUGUCUCAGUUGUAUCAUCCCCACCGAAAAAGGACAAUAAAUCUCCGAAUGUGCCUAAAUCCGUUGCAAAAGAGCAAAAACAAAUCAUAACGAAAGUAGAAGUAGUUGCUGGUCCGUCCAAAAUCGUUGAAAACAGCUCUCCUAAACAAUCAUCCCAAAAAUCAAACAAACAAAACUCACAAUCGACCAAUAAAAAUAAGAAAAAUGAUGGCGUGAAAUCUGUCACCAAUGUUGUAAGCAGUAAAGUUGAAGUAAAACAGGGACCUCCACCAUCGAUAGUUAGUUCCAAAGUCAGUAGCGUUGUCGCAGUUAAAUCUAGCAAAGCUGAAGAAGAGCCCGCCGUUCUGAUUACUAAUAAUAACAUCGGUGAACCUGAAUAUGACUUUUUGUCACGUCAGCCCUCUGAGUUCGUUGAAGAAACAUACAAGGUGAUUAACAUACGACCCUCAAAAGCUCCUGGUCAAAAACACAAGCAUAGUCAUAAGAACAGGCAUCAACCAACCCCACCUCCAGAAGAUGAUGAUGAUCAUCCUCUCGGCUUAGUAACAACACUCGGAGGAACGAUAGUCAAAGACGGCUUAACGACAGUUCAUGAAACUAGCGUCAUUGGUACAUUUAUAUCUGGUAAAUACGCUCAAGUACUAAACAGCAAUUCGAAAGUGCUACCACAAGCUGGCCACAGGGCAAAGAUAUCUCCUACUCCAACACAUCGAAUUUUAAAGACAGUUGGACCUUCGAUAUCUAAAAAUCAUAGACAACAUUUGGAACCAACGCCAUCUAUUAAUGACGAUGAUAGCAAUUAUGGAAAAACGACACGACGCCAAAAUAACGGUGGAGGUUCCUUCAAAAAUCGUCACAGAGUUCAAAACAACAACGCAGAAAAUGAAAGUCACAGCAGCCCUGCUCCAGCCCAGAGCAAAAAAUUCAAAAACAGAAACAAUAAUUCACAACGGACACAAAGUACACGGUUUGGUCGCCCCGUGAAUACGCCUCAACUGGCAACCGUCUCUGUUUUCAGUGAAACAGCGACUCCAUCGUUUUCCAACCGAAGGAAAAGUAACCGUAACUCUGGACAUAAGACGACUGUGAGCGCCUCGAGCAACAACGACAGCCAGUCGAAACGAGGAUUCAAACCUCGGGUUCAGCCCACACCCGUUGAGCAAGUGACCCCAGCACCCACAACCAGUGUGUAUAAAUUUAAGUUGAACCGCGCUCCGGGAUCAGGCCGCUGGCAAUAUAAAACGAGUCCUAAGCCUAAAGUGACUAUUCGCAAGCUUAACGCUGAUGACGAGCAACCAACAACGCCUAACUCAAAUCCGCUUCUUGAUGACACGCAAAGCAAUGAUAUUUCACCGCAAGCAAGGUCUGAUAAUGAUUUAGAACUAUCAGGUUCACAGAGUGGUCCCGGUACUCUCCUUGAAAAUGACACCGAGGACAACUCGAUUGAAAAACCGCCGCCAGUGGAAACAUUGAAAGUUGAAAUUUCUACUCCUGCUGAUUUCAGAGAUGUUUAUUACGAAAUUGCUACUAUCAAGUCUCCUUACACCUUCCAGGUUGGACGUGUCAAAAACACUCGUAUAAUUACAGUUACAUCUACAAUUGAAAAGCGUAUAGAACCCACGCAGGCAAUCAACUCGCAAAGUUCUCUCAACGAACCGUUGACAGAAAACAUAUUAGCGACAGCGUCUCCUUACGAAAAGGACCAUAAUCUUUUAGAUUCAAGUAUUGCUACUCUGCCCGCGAUAACAUUAUCUUCAGACAUGGAAACACCACCGCUAGAAACUGUUACCGAAACAUUCAGCACAACCCAGCACAUGUUGAAAACUCAUAUACUACCAGUAGUGAAAGAUGUUAACUUGACUAGUAGCUUAACUUUCAUUCAAACUUAUGAAGUUACUCGAUUCGUAACCGCGACUAAAACGUUACCUCCUAUGGACUUCUUCCAAUUUAUACCGAGCAAAACUCUUAAAGAAUUUAACAGUCGUCUGGAUGAAGCUGGUUCUGAAUUACAUCUGGAGUUAGACUUUGGUGAUAGUAAUGAAGAUGAAGAUGGUGUUCCAAGACGUGUAUUCCCACCGGACCUUGACCUCGCUAACAUUGGAUCUGACUUUGACCUUACUGAAGUAGACAAGUACAGAAUGCAUGAAAAUCAUCUGAGACUUAAGAAAGCUCAUGGUCAAAACAAAGGUAACCACGUGACCGAAUCACCCAACCCGCCCACUCCAGCACUGACUCCAGAACAGGCACAACAACUUGCUCUCCUGAGACUCCUGAAUCCAGCAGCGGCUGCUCAAAUUCCUGAUGUUGUCACCACAUCUAAACCUGUAAUCAAGUACGAAACAAUUUACGAGUCUCACGUUAUUCCGGUGUUUGAUGGCAAGGCUACGGUUCAAAGUACCAUUUCUAGGCCUGUAGCGACUAUAACUAAAACUGAAUAUGAAAUCGGAACUAGCAGUCUUCCGGCGUUGCCUUUACAAACACUUAACCCUCUAUUCCCGCAGCAAUUCUCAGUAAUUUCCACACCAGUCGUGGUAAACACAGAGGUUACAGCCACCAAUAGUCAAGUAUUGAAAUUAACGUUCGGUGCGAAGACGGUGUACACCACCCUAUUCACCACCCAAGUUGUGCCAACUGUGUUGACGUCGUACGUGACGUCAUCAAUCCCGGUGCAACCGACUGCUGCCCCACCCGGAUUCCCUGGAUACUACCAGCCGCCAUUCGCACCCUUCCCCUACGUAGGAUAGGUAGACCAGUAAAUAUUGUAAGGAAAAUCGAUAAGUGCGGACUAUAAGUUAAAAAUUGUGUUCAACAGUGUAUGUGAUGAUAACACGUAACUUUUGCACGAGAAACGAAACUUUAAACUGUGAAUGCGUUGUUGUAGUGCACGUGAUAAACUGUAUUGCGAGUAGGUGAACAGUAAACAGUGCAAAAGCAGCAGAACGGGGGGAUUUAUAGCCUUUGUGGAAACAUGAAAACUCUGGAGUUGUAUUUCUUAUAAAGUUUUGUGAGCCCGGCCCUAUGCGGUGCGUCCGCUAGCAAACCGUACGAGGAGGUAAUGUUUACCUGUAAUAGAGAUAACUAAUGUAACGCAAUUUACUUCAUACUCAGUAAUUGCUUUGUAAAUAAUUAUUAUUUAUGAAUAGUACUCUUGUACAUAACUGUACCUAAACCUACCUAUAGCUAUAGUUGUAGAUAGCUUCCAUAAAUGUAUUGUAUACUUUUGUACAUGUAUUGCUUAGGAUAAGUGGG